UAAAGCAGUUUAAAAUUUUAAAGUUGUUUUUGCUAAUUAACAAACUAUAUUAGAUCUCAAAAUAUUUGCAAAUUGUAAAGAUGAAAAAAUUUUUUUUUGUAACAAAUUAGUGAAUAUAAUUAUUUUCUUUGGAUAAUUCGAGGCGAAGGAUUGAGCGCCUAGAAAAAAUUGAUUUCCUGGUUUCGGUAACUUUUAAUCAGCUGGUGGCGUUUUCAUAAAUAAAAGGCAAGCCAUAAAGAUUUUAAUUGGCGACUUUAUUUAUAUUAUCUUUUAGUGAAACCUUUAUAGAAGUAAUAGUUCUGAUUUACGUAUCACAUUCUGAUAAUGUUGCUGACGUGGAGAUAAUUCAUACUACUGAUUUUAUCUAUAGUUUAUAAUAAGAUAAUUUAUAUAGACGAUUUCUUUGAUUGUCCUAACGUCUUACAUACUGUGGAGAAACUUUCAGUUCAAAUUUGAUCGACUUUAAUUGUUUGCAUCAUGGACAUAAGAUCUAAAGUGUCGAACACUAAACAUUGUUGUUAUAAUCUGUUCAAAAGGGCGGACUAUUGCAGUAUGUAUAAAAAUGCUUUUUCUAAGAUUAAAAGGUGCCCAACCAGUCGCUCUUUGGAUGGUAAUGAAAAAGAAAAAAAGACUAAUUUGGAAAACUUCAAUAUAUGUUAUCCAAGUAAAAUGGAUCGCAAACUACGGAGGCGAAUCAAGUCUUGUUUAAGAAAAGAUAAGAUACACAAUAAUUCAAAACGAUCCGAUUAUUGUGAUUCGAAACGAGAAGUAUCUGAUUCAGAUGAUAAUGAGUUACCGCGUAAUGCAAAGCAAGUUAGCUUCAAUCUAAAAAAUAUUAAGCUGCACCAUAUGCCAAAGAUAAGCCGUCGUGAUACAAAGCAGAAGUUGGAAAGGAAGCUAGACAAUUAUAUGCUGAAAAUGCAACGAAGAGCUUCAAUGCAGAAACUUUGUUUGCGUAAGGCUUCUUUGGCACAUAUACCGAAAGAUAUAGGUAAUCUGAAAAAUAUAACGUACUGCGAUCUAAGCGAUAAUAAACUUAAGGCCUUGCCGGAAUCAUUUUACAACUUAAAAUGUUUAAAAUACUUAAAUUUAUCUAAAAAUCGCUUCAAGGAAUUAAGUUUACGCAUUAGUCAUUUCAAGAAUUUAGAAGUAUUCAUAUGCAGCUUCAAUUUUUUGACUAAAUUGCCACAUUCGUUUGGAAAAUUGACUCACUUGAAAGAAUUGGUAUUAAGCGAUAAUCACAUAUCGUCGUUACCAAGCACAUUUUGUGAUUUGACUGCACUGAGAAGUAUGGAUUUAGCCAAUAAUUCAUUGCAAUUAUUGCCGGAAAAUAUGAAGCAAAUGACAAAUUUGAAGCAUUUAUUAGUGCAGAAUAAUUUUCUUAAGGAUCUAGGAUCCUUAGCUGGCUGCGAUCUAUUGACAUUUUUUAAUGCAUACAAUAAUAUUUUAACGAAACUACCAAUGGAUUGGGGCUCAAGUCUUAAAGUGCUGAAUUUGGGCAGAAACAAACUUAAGGAGAUAUCUUUUGAUAUAUACAGAUUCAAGGAAUUGCGCAAAAUAAAUUUGUGUUGCAAUCAUAUUAAGAGAUUGCCGGUGACGUUAGCACAUUUAUGCAAGCUCAGUGAAAUUAAUUUGAGCGGGAAUCCAAUCUCAUCUGUAUUUUCUCUUUUGAUCUUAACUGGUAAAUACAAAAGAAUUUCUCUAGUUAAACGCCCAGACGACCAUGGAGAACAAUUUAUGACAAUGGUAUUUCAUAAAAGCCAGUCAGAAGAGGUUUGCUUAGAGAAUAUAAAUAAAAUGAUGCAUCAAUAUAUGCCCGCUUUUCGAGCUGACCAACCAUUCUACAGUGCAAACUUUUCCGGUAAAAAUCUAAAAUUUUUACCAAUCGAAUUUGAGUUUAUUUGCCAGUGUGCAUUAGAAUUAGAACAUUUUUCAAAGACAAACGGAAUAUCUAGAACUCCACUGUUCAUGCAGAAAUUUCUGGAACUCACAAAAGUUAAUUUGUCGCAUAACAAGCUAACCGAUUUGCCUCCAUCUUUCAGUGUUCUGUCUGAGAUAACACACCUUGAUUUAUCCUACAAUCAGCUUUGCUUUGUUCCCAAUUGCGUAUUUAUGUUGAAAAAUUUGGUUUUUCUGAAUGUAAAGGAAAAUAAUAUACAUAAGGUUGACGUUAAGAAUUUAUCGCUGCUCACGAAACUAACAACAUUGAAAUUGUCUUGGAAAACUAUUACCAUUUCGCAAACAGAAUUGAAAAAACAACUUAGACGUAAGCCCUCAAAAGAGUCCAUAAAAUGUGAAGAAAGUGACUCCAAUAAUGAAUUUAUAAAUUGCGAUCUAGACAUAAUGGAGGAGGCUUAUAAGCAUGUUAAAAAACUUUUACUGAAAAAACAACACAAACAAGGCAGAUCUUAAAAAAACUUACAACUGCUAUUUAGGCUGGUUUCUUCACACUUAAAAAAAGUUUAACAUCUUUAAUUUAAUACCAGCAUAAAUAACAAAAUCCUAACAACUAAUGACAAUCGCAAAGAGAAAGAGAGAAUAUUUAACCAAGGAACCAAUCACUAGAACAAAUCUCGACUGUAUAUGACGAACUGACUAUAGCUUUAUAUAUAAUAAUUAAAAACGUGUUACAAUCCAACAUCUAAAAUAAAAUAAUACAAAAACUAAAACUUCAACUAAUCCCAACUAAUCUCAAAUGAAAUCCUCCUAACCUCAAAAAUAUCCCAACUAAUCUGUAAAAUCGAGCAAAAUCAAGAAAAAAGAGUGAAUUUACGAAACAUCGACUGCAUUCAAAAAAUUAAAUUUAAGAUUUUUUUCUACAAAAAGUUUAUUAUUCGUUAUUUUUACAAAAUUUUAUGUAAUGGUGCACAUGCGUGCCAAAGGAACAAAUUUAUUUAAUUUUUAUUUUUUAUGAAAAUGUCAUUUUAAAAUUAUUCAAGAUAUCCCAAAAUGAGACAAAUUUUUAUUAAAAAAAUCAAAUUGUUAAAACCACAUGUAUUUCUGGC